AUGCAUUACCCUGCCUUAGUUUCUGCCUUCCUCGCUUCCGUCGCUGUCGCGGUUCCCUUGGAGGAUAACCCGUUCCCUGGAGCUACCAGAUGGACUGCUAAGUAUCAAGUCCAGCCGGGUGAUGUCAUCGUCCCUAUCAAAGACACGGCCUAUGUUGUGAAGGAAGAGGAGUACCUUGCCAAGCUCAAGGCAAAGGGCAUCAAGAUUGGUGCUCCCACGCGCGACGAGAGCUGGCUCCCCUAUGAUUCAUGGCGGACGAAGCACACAAAGCCAUGGGGUAACUCCACGGAUCAUGAGGAGGAGAAGCGAGACGGCUGUGAUAGCACCUUCUACAUCACCACCGACAAGACCGAAAGCUUUGUCGACUGGGACGUUCAGAUGUCCCCCGUCGUCUGUGCCGUCGGCGACAUGGACAUCAGUGUCUCGUCGGGCUACAACGUUGCUAACAGUGUUGGUGGCAGCGCAGGAGCUGAUCUUGGAUUCGUCAAGGACAAGCUGGGUGCUAGUCUCGGUAUCGACUAUAGCAAGACUUGGACCACCUUGACAUCAGUCGUGACCAAAGGCACUAUCAAGGAUGGCAACUGUGGCGUUAUGAUCACCAAGCCUAUCACCACUCGUCGUUCUGGUCGUCAGUUCCAGGGCUGUAUCGGAUCCGCUACCGAGAUUGGUACCUGGUAUGCCGAUAGCCACGAGGAGGGUAGUUACAACGGCAUCAAGUGGGUUGAGGGAGCUAUCUCGGUCUGUGCCAAGCCAGGAAGCAACCCUCCCUUAUCCCUAUGCAACGGACAGGGCAACUUCCGAUAG